CGUUCAGUUUUGUUUUGUGAGCGGUUGCGUCUGGUUGGUGCGGUACCUUUUAACUGUGCGCAAAUUGUGUGGUGCAUUUUGAAAAAAAAAAAAAAACUGUCUGUAGUGGUGGUGACUCUGCGACUGCGACUCGACUGUGACUUCGUCUCUCUCUCUCUCUGUCUUUCUGUGUGUGUGCUCGUGCCCCGUAUCCGUGUAUGUGUGUGAGUGCGUGCAUUUGAACAAGGAAAAGUGUGAAGAUUUUGAAAGAAAGCGCAACUUCAAAUCGAAGAAAAAUUGAAUAAAAAGCAGAAAAAAGAAAGAAAUAUAGAAAGAAGAAGAAAAAAAAAAUGGCAACCGAAGUAGCUCAAAUACCCGCUGAGGAAACGCCAGCAGUUGCCGCCGCAGCAGCAGCGACCACAGAAAAUGCUGCUGCCGAGCAGGCGGAAAAACCUGCUGCCGAGCCUGUCGCCGUUGCCGCUGCCGUUGCUGAGAACGCUGCCGCUAACAACGCCCAAGACAACAACAAAGAGGAUGCGAAGGCGUCGCCAGCCGCUGCCGCUGCCGAUGGAGCUGCCGCUGCCGAUGCGAAGAAAGAUGGUGGCGAUGUUGCCGCUGCGCCAGCCAAAUCAGAAGCCCCAGCACAAAAGUUCAAUGUGCACAAGACCAAUUUUGAGAAGGACAUUAUCUAUCUGUAUCAGUUUUCGCGUACUCCCCUGCUGCCGUCUCUCUCACCGUAUUGCCUGAAAGUGGAGACUUGGCUGCGUCUGGUGGCGCUCAAGUACGAGAAUGUCGACCACAAGAUGCGUUUCCGUUCCAAGAAGGGCCAAUUGCCGUUCAUUGAGCUAAAUGGCGAGGAAAUCGCCGAUUCGGCAAUUAUCAUCAAGGAGCUAUCGGCCAAGUAUGAUAAGAAUCUGGAUGCCGGCUUGACCGCUGAACAGCGCAAUGUGUCCUAUGCCACAAUUGCCAUGCUCGAGAAUCAUUUGAUUUGGAUCAUCUUCUACUGGCGUGCCAAAUAUCCGGACAAUGUGCUCAAGGGCUAUAAAGUUAAUUUGCAGCAUGCGCUCGGCCUGCGUUUGCCCAAUUCGAUUUUGAACUUUUUCUUCAAAAUCACAUUCGGUCGCAAGUGGUUCCAGGGUACGAAAAAGCUCAAGGCGCACGGCAUCGGUGUGCACAGCGCCGAGGAGAUCGAGGAGUUUGGCAAGAACGAUCUGAAGGUGCUCAGCGAGAUGCUCGACUGUAAGCCGUUCUUCUUUGGCGAUGAGCCGACCACCCUGGAUGUGGUCGCAUUUGCGGUGCUCUCACAGCUGCACUAUCUGUCCAAGGAUAUUGCGUAUCCGUUGCGGGACUAUAUGACCGAGAAGUGUCCCAAUUUGAUUGGGCAUGUGUCGCGCAUGAAGGACAAGUGCUUCCCCGACUGGGAUGAGAUUUGCACAAAGCUCGAUCUGAAUGCGCACAUUCCCAAGCCAGAACCCGAGACCAAGGAGGGCAAGGAAGGCGGCGAGCAGGAGAAAUCAAAUGAGCAGGAGGGCCCCGAGGGCGACAAGAUCGAGAAGGAGCUGGAGAAGGACAAGUCGAACGAAAAGGAGUCGACCGAGGAGAACAAGGAGAAGGAAGAGACAAAGUAAAGCGCCGUUAGUUACACACAUAUAUAUACAUACAUAUAUAUAUAUAUAUUUAUAUAUAUAUAUAUAUAUAUAUUCACAUAUAUAUGAAGAAAAGAAAAACAAGCAAAGGACGGAAGGCAAACAACAACCCCACAUAUAUACAUAGUACGAUACUAUUACUAUAUCUAUAGUAUAUAUAUAUAUAUUUAUAUAUAUAUAUAUAUAGUAAACGCGCUGAUUGGCGCAUUGCGCUCAUAUAUAAACAUUCAAAAAAAUAAGGCAGAAAAAAGAAAAAUCAUUUAAAGCAUAGGACAACUGUAAAGCAAACAGGCAGAACGAACAACAAAAA